UUCAUCUAUGGGUUGACUAAACAAUUAUCACAAAACUGUAUGAUUAAUGAUUAUAUUGAAUGUACGGUCAGUUUGUAAUCUAGUGAUUGAUUGAUAACUACAAACAUAUAUCACAUAUCGGAUGUAAUCUAAUAUGAUAUGCCAUUAAUUUGUAAUCAAUUGUGAUAUAAAUUAAUGAUAAUUGACUGACUGAUCCAAACAACUGAUGGCCCGAUUAUCAGCUAAACAAGUGUCGACACUUACAGGGAGUUGUUUGUUGCACCUAAUGAUAGGAUCGGGCGGUACUUUCGCUAACCUAAACACAUAUAUGACAUCCUAUUUACGACAAAACAGCUCACGAGAUGCCAACUACGGGCAAAGUGUAUGGUUUACUGCCGUAAGUGUGACCACUUUCACUACAAUUACAAUAAUUAGCGGUUGUAUUGGCAACAAAUUGGGCACAAGAGUCACCUGUUUUAUAGCGACACUCAUAUUUUGUGCUGCAAUUGCUGUCACAGCGGUAACCAUAAAGUCAUCACUUUUGAUGGUUUUGUUAAGCUUUUCAUUUGCCCAGAAUGUCGGCAACGGAUUAAUCUAUUCAACAGUUAUCGUAAAUGCCAUCAAAUGGUUUCCCCGCCAUAAAGGACUGGUUUCGGGUCUGAUUACGGGAUCCAAUGCCUUCAGUUCAUUCAUAUUCAUUCAAAUGCAAACAUUUUAUUUGAAUCCCAACAAUAUUACACCAAACAGUGACGGAUAUUUUGAUGAAACAGAGUUAUUGUCAAAAGUGCCGAAACUCUUUACACUUCUUAGUCUAGUCUAUGGUUUCAUUGGUUUUCUUGGUGUUUGUCUUAUCUUUAAUUCUGAUGAUAAUUACAGCGAACGCCAAUCAAACCAAACAAUUGAUGUUAUCAAUGUCAAUGAUAGUUGUGAUAAUGAUGUCUACUCAUCGACGACGACGACCACCAAUAACGGAGACAAUGAAAAUCUUAUGAAUCAGUCAAUUGAAUCAAAUGAAGUGAAUUAUAGUUUAAGAUAUGCCAUCAAAACGCCAUUAUUUACUAUACUAUUGAUAACCUUUGCUUUAAGCACACAAACCACUUAUUUAAUGAAUUCAAUGAUCAAAGCAUUUGGUCAGAGCUAUAUCAGUGAUGACCACUAUUUGUCGGUAAUUGUUUCGCUAUCUUUUAUUAUCAAUGGUAUGGGAGGUCUCUUUUGGGGAAAAGUUAUGGAUCACUUGAAAUUUCGGGAUACUUUAAUAACGAUUAAUGCCAUUCUUGCUGUGACCACAUUUACAUUGAAAAUAACCGGUUAUUACUACCAGAAGAUAAUGUUUGCCAUUUGGGACUUUUCUUUGUUCUUCACAACUGUCGGUGUUUUCUCUUGUUUUCUACCAGAAGUGGUUCGCAAGUUUGGACAUCAAAACUCAAUAACAAUCUAUGGUCUCAUUCAUACGGGACCAGCGAUUUUAAAUGUAAUAAUGAGUCCAUUAUUGGAGUGGAGUCUCAAUAGGAUCGGAUGGUUUGCCGAUUUCUGUAUUGUCGCCUCACUUAAUGCUAUUAGUAUGAUUGUUAUUAUGGUUUCUUAUUCACGCAUCAAAUGAUGGUACAAGUUAUCCAGUGAUUA